GGACUUGAAGUAACUUCACUCUUCAUUCAUUCAUUCAUUCCAACCCUAACUCAAUUAAACCCCCUUCCCUUUCUCUCUCUAGAUCCCGUCGAUCACUUUCCGGCGGCGCCUCUCCGAUCUCCGACGUUUCUUUACUUCUUUGCAUGACCGCCAGUGCCAGCUGUCAUGGCCUCUGCCUGCGUCAAUAACAACAUCAGCGUGUCGCCGGAGAGCUUCCCUUCGUAUGGAUGGCUGAGUCCAGGCCGGAGUUCGAGGAUGUCCUUUAGUCGGGAUGAAGAACAGCCGUCGUCGUCUUCGAAGAAACCGUCCUUGAUGGCGGAGGACGAGGAGGAUAUUCAAGAUCCGGUUGAUUUCGAGUUCCGGUUAGAAGAUCCGGUGACGAUGCUCCCCGCCGACGAGCUCUUCUCCGACGGAAAGCUCGUGCCGCUCCACCUCUCUGCCCUCAAACCAUCGUUAGCCACCACCAGGUCAACCGACGAGUCUACGAAGCCGUGCAUGGACCCUUACUUGUUCUCACCAAAAGCUCCAAGGUGUUCGAGCCGAUGGAAGGAGUUAUUAGGUUUGAAAAAACUGUACCAAAACUCAAAAUCUGAAAAUCACUCCAAAACGACGCCAUCUAAUCCACCUCCAAAAUCUUCAAUAAAACAUUUCCUUCAUCGAAACUCCAAAUCUUCGUCCUCCUCCUCUUCUGGUUCGUCUUCUUUGGAGUCAUCUCUGAGUCUUCCUUUACUAAAAGACUUGUCCGAUAGCGAAACGGUUUCGCUGUCUUCGUCUCGUUUGUCGCUUUCUUCUUCUUCGUCGGGUCACGAGCACGAGGAUCUCCCAAGACUCUCCCUCGACUCGGAUAAACCCGGUUUGAGCCCGAGUCCGAACCCGUUUGCCAAUCCUCCAAGAAUGAGGAUCGUGAAACACAGAGAUAAUCAUAAUCAACCGCACAAUACAAAUACAACACACGUCUCACGUGCCGGACGGAGUCCAAUGAGGAGAGAAACCGCGGCCGCGACUAGUAGGGGAGUCUCCGUCGACAGUCCGAGAUUAAAUUCUUCCGGGAAAAUAGUGUUUCAGAGCUUGGAGAGAAGCUCGAGUAGUCCCAGUAGCUUCAAUGGCGGGCCGAGAUUCAAGCACCGAGGCAUGGAGAGAUCUUACUCGGCUAAUGUAAGAAUCACUCCGGUUCUAAACGUUCCGGUUUGUUCGCUUAGAGGGUCUUCGAAAUCCGGUUCAGUGUUCGGAUUCGGUCAGUUAUUUUCUUCGCAGCAAAAGAGCGGAAACGGAAAUGGAAACGGAAACGGAGUUCGACAACAGAAUAACAGUAGGAGCCGGACUGACCGAACUUGACCGAAUCUUUAGAAAGAAUGAAGAAGAGGGUAACAAAUUAUUUCCGUUUUUUUUUUUUUUUUAAUUUCGGGAAAUUCAUGAUUCUGUUAUGUGUUUUUGUUUAAUUUUAGAAGCAAACAAUACCACAUGACAUUGUUUAAUGGGGGUUAAUUUGCUUUUGUUUUUCUUGUUUUUGUUUUUUAUUUAACAAAAAUAGUAGAUGUAUAUAUAAUGCUGAUCCUUUUGUUUAUGUUUUUGUUGAAUUCAUCCCUAAUUUUGAAUGAAUAUGUUGAAGUAGGUUUCGUUUUGUUAAUUCUCACUUGGGUUUGAUGAGCUGAAAGAUAUGGAAUCUCUGUUUUUUGCUGCUCUUUUUGAUGUGUUGUUCACGCGCCUCUGCAGAGAUUUCUAUUUUUCUGUUUGAUGUUGAUGGGGUAACAUAUUGAGUUUAUCUAAUUUGUCUCUUUCAAUGGAGGUUUUUUUUCUUACUAUUUUAUUUCUUUCAGAUUUGUUUGUUUACUAGGGA